CCAAACACCUUCCAGACAUUGGAAGCUAGUUUCUAGAUCAUGGACGAAUGUUAAACACAGCCUAACCCACUGUCAGUUCUAUAAUCCUGGAUCGAUGCUGUUAAACCAUUUGACCCAAAAGAUAAACAUGCAUCGCCUGCAGCUUAUGCAAAGAUUCCUGUAAACAAUAACUAGCUCCCAAGGAUGAGGAACCUAUGUUAUGUUCCUCUUUAGCAAAUGGUAGCCUAGAAUGAGUCAGUGUGGACUCGAUGGGCCAAUUGGCCUGCUUCCACAUAGUAGGGAUUCUAUGAUUCAAAAGAAUCAUGGGCCCCAGUGGCCCAGCCCAGCUCCUAUUUUGUACAUUCCCUAUUUUCUCUCUCAGAAGGUAAUUAGUCUGUGAAACAUUAUUUCCCCAGCAUGGGAGGAGAGUUACUGAAUAUUUUUUAAGGCUGAGUUAGAUUGAUUCCUGAUUGAUGUGACGGUUAGAAGGUGUAGGAGUGAGAGAGGAUGUAGAGUCGAGGCUACAGUCAGAUCAGUUGCAAUAUGAUGGAGUGGAGGAGUAGGUUUGUUGGGCUAAAUGGCUAAAUGGCCUCAAGUCUACAUUCCUCCUGAAUUGAUCUAAUUUGGCCUUAAAAUUAUUGAGUAACUCUCCUCCCAUUCUGGGGAAAUAACAUUUCACAGACUAAUGACCUUCUGAGAGAGAAAAUAAUGAAUGUACAAAAUAGAAGCAAGGCUAGGCCACUGGGGCCUUGAUUCUAGUCCACCAUUUGGUAAGGAGUCACUAACAUAGGUUCCUCAUCCUUGGGAGCUAGCUGUUGUUCAUGGGGUUGUGGGUUCGAGCCCUAACUCCAGACUCUUAAACUCAAAGUCCAGCUGACAUUCCCAGUGCUGCACUGUUGGAAAACCAAGAAAUUUUAGACCACUGAGCAGGCAUCUGCUAACAGGAAAUGACCACGGUCCUAACAAGGGAUAGAGUGACUAAUGCCUUAAAACAUUUCAGUUGUUCAUAGAGACCCAGCAAGGAUUUUUGAUGGAUGGAUCACUCUCGUUGAAGUCUGAUGUUGAUUGAAGGAUAAAUGUUGGUUUGGACAACCACAUUAGAAUGUUGGCCGUGGGCUCCUUUACAUCAACUUGAGAAAGGCCUCAGCUUGACUUCUUACCUGAAAGCUGACACCUCCAACACAAUAUUAUGGGAAGUGGCCAUUUAGUUCUCAAAUCUGUUCCAAGGAAUUCAUGGUUGAUCAGUGUCCUAACUGCCUUGGCCCACCUUAGCACCAGGUACCUUAACAUCUUUGAUCAACAUUACCUCAAGGUGGGGAUUCAACAAAUGAUCCAGCAUUAACUACCAUCUGCAGAAGAUGUUCCAAACUCCUGCCACCCUUUCAGUGUACAAAUAUUUGUUAAUCUGACACCCAAAAGAUCUGAAUCUAAAUUUUCAACUCUACCUCCUAGUCCUAGAUUCCCCAACCAGCAAAAAGCGGUCUGAUUGACUUAUCCACCAUUGCAUUAAUAUCUCGACAGCACUUCCCAGACCCACACCAACUUCUAUCUAGAAGGACAAGGGCAGCAAAUGCAUUCACCCCCUGCAAGUUCCCCUCCAAGCCACACACCAUCCUGACUUGGAAAUAUAUCGCUGUUCCUUCAGUGUCACUGGGUCAAAAUCCUGGAAUUCCCUCCCUAAGGGCAUUGUGGGUCUGCCUACAGCACACGGACUGUUCAAGAAGGCAGCUCACCACCACCUUCUCAAGGGGCAACUAGGGAUGGGCAAUAAAUGCUGGGCCCAGCCUGCAACACCCACGUCCCUCAAGUGAGUCAUAGCGUCAUGCAGCACAGAAACGGACCCUUCAGUCCAAUUAUGACUACCACAGUCCCAAACUAAACUAGUCCCACCUGCCUGCGCUUGGACCAUAUUCCUCUAAACAUUUCUUAUUCAUGUACUUAUCGAAAUGUCUUUUAAACGUUGUAACUGUACCCACAUCCUCCACUUCCUCUGAAAGUUCAUUCCAUAUAUGAAUCACUCUGUGUUGAAAAAAUGCCCCUCAUGUCUUUUUUUAACCUUUCUCCUCUCACCUUUAAAAUAUGUCCCCUGGUCUUGAAAUCCCCCACCUGUGCUUUCUUACUAACUAAAAAUUGUCAGCAAGCCACAGAGGGAGAUAUCGAAACAGAUAACCAAAUGGUUGGCCAAGUAGGUGGGUUCUGUAGAACGUCUUAAAGGAAGAAAGUGAGUGUGAAGAACUGAUACUUUUCUUGCAUUAAUAAAAUUUCACUCAAAUUGCCCCUUAACUUUCCAGAACCCCAGAGAGUGCAACAAUAAUUUAUGUAUUGGCUCCUUGUAAUUGAUGCUUUGGAACUGAGGUUUCUUCCUGCUAAAUUAUUCCUGUUCAUGAUAUUUUAAUGAUCGAUAUACCUGGAGCCCAGACCUCAUUCAUACCCCCCUCCAGUGUGGUUCACUUUUUAAUCACUUGUCAGCGUUCUGCUCUAACUCUUAUGGAGAUUAGACUUAAGGCGCAGUAAUAAAACAGAGAAUUCAAUCAAGUAUUUCAAUGGCACCUGUCAUGUACUUAGGAAGUUCAAAACUAUUUCAUGUCAGCAAUUUUAGACAAACAUCACUGUGAGACCAAACCUAGCAUCUAGUUUACUCACCAGAUUAUGGGCCAAGAUUAAUGCAGGAUUUGAUGCAUCCCAGCCAUUACUUACAUAACAAAAUGAUACAUUUUCCGUGUAUCAUAUGUCACAUUAGCUCGGUUAAAAAAUAAACAUUUGAGGUUUGUGAGGUGAUUGUAAUGAGGUCAGCAAUGUGGACAUCACAGAAUAUGAGUUCCUUGCUUGGGGUUAUUAACCUGGUCCAAUCAGGGAGCCCUGGCUGACAGAUUAAACCAGAUUGUCAGAGGUUCUGCUCACACUGAGAGCUGGCUCUGAGGGAGGUGCAACACCAGGCUGACUGAGCUUGGGGAACACCACUUGAAUGAAGGUAAUUGCCUAGGCUCAUUCAGGACAUAUCCUGCACAGAGGGACUCUAAGUCAGCCCACAGCAAAACCCCAAAACGAAGCCCAGACUCGGAGAAAUGGCUGGCAAGAGCAGGAAUACCGCAACGAGUAACUCACCUCCUGACUCCCCGAAGCCUGUCCACCAUCUAAAAGACACAAUUGUGGACUGUGAGGGAAUACUCCCCACUUGUCUGGAUGGGUGCAGCUCCAACAUCAUUCAAGAAACUUGACACCAUCCAGGACAAAGCACCACAUCCACAAACACGCAUUCCCUUCAACACUGACCCUCAUUAGCAGCACUCUGUACUAUCUACUAGUUGCACUGCACAAAUUCAAGAAAGAUCCUUAGACAGCACCUUCCAAACCCACAAUCACUUCCAUCUAGAAGGACAAGGGCAGUAGAUACAUGGGAGCACUGCCUACAAGCUCCCCUCCAAGCCACUCACUAUCCUGACUUGGAAAUAUUUUGUCAUUCCUUCGGUAUCACUGGGUCAAAAUCCUGGAAUUCCCUCCCUAAGGGCAUUGUGGGUCAACCUAUACCAUGUGGACUGCAGCGGUUCAAAUAGGAAGCUCACCACCAUGUUCUCAAGGGACAACUAAGGAUGGGCAAUAAAUGCUGGUCCUGCCAGCGAUGCCUACACCCCAUGCAAAAAAAAAACCAGGAUCAGGCCAUUUUGGAUCCAGUGAUGUGUAAUGAGGCAGGUUUAAUAAAUGAUGUCUGAGUAUAAGAUCUCCUAGGAAAUAGUGAUCAUAACAUGGUAGAAUUUAGCAUUCUAUUUGAGAGUGAGGAUCUUGGGUCAGAAACAACUGUGCCAAGAUUAAAUAGGGGCAAUUACAAAGAACAAGGGCAGAGCUGGUCAGAGUGGCCUGGGAAAGAAGUUUAGCAGCAAAGACAGUUGAGCACAAAUGUCAAACAUUUAAGAAAAUAGCUCAUGGCUCACAGCAAAGACAUAUCCCAGUGAGGAAGAAGGAUUCUUGGAAGGGGAUAAACAAAUCAUGGUUAACCAGAGAAGUGAAGAAUAGCAUUAGGUUGUAAGAAAAGAAAACAUAUAAUGUGAUAAAGAUUAGUGGUAAACCAAAGGAUUAAGGAAAGUUUUUAAAAGCCAACAGAGGAUAAUCAAAAAAAUAAUAAAGAGGGAGUAAAUAAACUUUGAGAAUAAAGUUGUAAGUAUUGUCAAGAGAGCUUCUUUAAAUAUAUAAAAGGAAGAGAGAAGCCAUAGGCUCUUUUGAGACUGAGGCUGGGGAAAUAAUAAUAGGGGAACCAAAAAUUGCAGAGGAGUUGAAUAAAAACUUUGCUUCUGCCUUCACUGUACAAGACACUAUUAGCAUCCCAAAAUUACUGAAUGGUCAGGAGACAAUAGGAGGAGAGGAAACAAAUUCAAGACUAUCACUGGAGAAAAGGUGCUAGGGAGACAAAUGGGGCUAAAGACUGACAAGUUCCCUGGAUUUGGUGGGAUGCUUCUCAGGACAUUAAAGGAAGUAGCUACAAAGAUAAUGGAUGCACUGGUAAGUAAUCUUUCAAGAAUCUGGAAAACUGCCAACGAAACACAUUCAUUUAGAAAGGGAAAGAGACUGAAAUAACUGCACAGAGACUGAUAUUCCAAGUCACCAAGUCACCCUUUAUUUAUUUCUGCACAAUACAUUGGCUGUGUCCAGCCAGUUCAGAGUCAGUCUACUCAACUGAGGAGAUGCUAAUCUCCUGGAGACGCUUUUAUUUUGCAAACAUGAAUCCCCUGUUUAUAUUUUGCUUUUAGUGUUUAUUGUUCUCAGCACCCCUAUGCUGUGUGUGUGUGUGUGUGUGUGUGUGUAAGUGCAAAACACAAUGAAAACACCAGUUGUAUCAAUAACUUUGUUAAUAUUCCACCACCAGUAAAAACACCGAUGGUGGCCAGGGAACCAGUGACAAGCAGAGUCACGGCUGGAAAAAUGUUCACAUGAAAGGAAAAGGGAAGGGGAGGGCAGGGAAUCAAAUCAAAAUAGAAUUGGAGGGGAGGGGGGAAUAAAGCACCACCCCCCCACCCCCCACAUCCCCACAGUGCCCAACUCUCCCUAAAGGUAUUGAGAGUGUUGGUGGACACUGCGUGCUCCUUCUCUAGAGUCACCCGGGCUCAAACAUGGCCGCGGAAGAGGGUCAGGCGGUCAGUGUAAAUGACCCCCUCCUCUGCCCGCUGCCCGGGCCUGUUAAAGGCCAGCUUGGCCAGGCCCAGAAGCAAAUCCACAAGAGGACCACACUCCAACCUGCCCGCUCCCCUCUGCACUGAGUGCCCAAAGAUCAGGAGCAUGAGACUGAUGUGCAGCCCCCAAAAACACAAGAGAAGGUCCUUCAGUUAACUAAAAACGGGAGUGCAAAUGCCCACACCCAACAUACACAUGGUCCACGGACUCCACAGCACCACAAAACAAACAAUCUCCUGGUUAUAUUGGUCAGCCAAGGCUUUCCUGAUUGGCCCAGGUAAACAACCCCAAACAAGGUCCUCAUAGUUAACAAAGUCAACCUGAUUCCAGUCACUACAUCCGACCCCCAUUAAGCCCAGGGAUGUAGGCCUGGUCUUUCUUUUGUAGCCUUUCCUGCGACGUUUUCGCCCCAGGUCCGGUUCCUCUGAUUCGGAUUCUGACACGGGUGACGUGUACCUGACCAUAGCCUGCAUCUUACCGAAUGCCAUUUGGCUUUAGGAAAUAUUCGAAUUUCCUGCAUCCCAUUGUCCAUGGCUCAUACUUCCUAGAGUAUGUGUAUCGCAAACGAUGCUCACAGCUUCUCAAUCAUCAUCUCUGAGUUUGCCGAAUGAACUUUAUUCACGUCCAACCAUUUUGAAUGGGUGUCCACAAUGACCAGGAACAUAGAGCCCAUGAAAGGAUCAGCAUAGUUGACAUGUAACUGAGUCCAGGGUUUACCCGACCAUUCCCACAGAUGUGGGAGCGCUGCUAGUGGCAAGUUUUUGUCCUUGUUGGCAAUCUGGGCACUGCCCCACCAACGCAGCUCUGUCGGAGCGCCUGGAACACACAUUUUUCCCUUCUAAGGUGUACGCUUGCCUGGGAGAAAUGUUUAAGCACCAUGUCCACGUUCUCCAAGUGCUCUAUGUUGGUCUUCCCUGUUUUUAGUAUGUAAUCCAGAUAAGUGGCAGCCUGAGGUAGCCCUUGUUAAAUGUUCUCCAUGGUCCGCUGGAAAAGGGCACAGGCUGAUAAUACCCCAAAUGGCAGCCUUGUAUAUUGGUAUAAACUCUUGUGGGUUUCUCAUCCAGUUACAAUUGCAGGUAGGCAUGGCACAUGUCCAGCUUUGUAAAGGAGAACCCUCCCCACCCUGGGAACUUUGCAUACAAGUCCUCUAUGUGAGGGAUCGGGUAUUUAUCCAGGUCCUGGAAGUGGUUUAUCGUUUGCUUAAAAUCCCCACAAAGGCAAACCAAGCCGUCAGGCCUCACAUUCUGCCCAUUCUGCAAACUGCCCUGGUUUGAUUGUUCCUUCGCUUUCCAACCUCCUGAUUUCCGCCUUUGCUUUUGCGCACAAAGCAAAUAGCACUGGGUAGGCCGUACAAAAUCUCGGAAUUGCUUCCUGGUCAAUGUGUAAAGUGGCUUUGCCCCCUUUGUUGGUCCCUAGCCCUUCCUGAAAUAUUCCUGAGUAUUUCACUAGGACUUCACUGAGGCAGCCAUUUUCCAAUCGAAAACUUGUUGAGCCAAUCAAAGUGAAUCUUUCUCAACUAAUUCCACCCCCCAACAGACUUGGGCCUGAGCCUUUCACGACCAUCAGUGAUAACUGCACCAACUGCUUCUCAUAGGAGACCGUACCCUCAAUCUGCAAUGAUUCCCCAGUGUAUGUUCUCAGUCUGGCUGAGGUCAAACUUACAUCUUGGAAACCCAAGUGAAUCUUGUUAAAGACAGAUUCUGCAACCACGGAUACAGCUACGCCAGUAUUGCCCUCCAUGGGAACUGGGUGACCAUUUAACCAAACACUAAUAUCAAUCUGUUCCGAUUUGCGUGUCACUAAGCAAUUUAAUUGUUCCAACCCACAUGUGGGGGUACUUUCCUACAUGUCCCCUGUAGUUGAGCUCUUGCACAAACAUAAGGAUUGGAGUCCAGAGCGAAUGUUGUUACAGACUGGUUAUGUAAUCACUGAAAAGACCUCCAUUAGAACCGGGUGAACCAGUUAACCAAAUGUUUGUUUUGAUUGGUUCCAAUUUGGAUGUUUCCAAGCAAUUUAAUUGUUCCAAUCCAGAUGUGGAUGGACUUUCCAGGGUAUGCACACUCCUGGAUACCGGAACGUGAGUUCUCUUCCUCUCUUUAGGUUUGGUGUGCCAGGUAUGACUCCAAUCGGUGGAGAGUUUGCCCCCAGUACCCAUUGAUUCCAGUUUUGCUUGGGUUCCUUGAUACCAAGCUCAAACAGAGCCUUGAUAUCCAUGACUGUCACUCUCACCGCCAAACAUAUUUUUCUUCAAAACUGACUUGAGUAUAUUCUAUGAAUUCUUCCUCAUGGCAAUCUCUCCCAAUCUGACAACACCAAUCUACAAGAAGAUUAAAGUGUCCCAUCAUUAAUGUACUGCCUUUGUUGCGUGCCUUCAUUAUUUCCCAAUUUAUUCUCUGUCCUAUAGCAUAGCUACUGUUCGGGGUCUAUAGACUGUUCCUGCCAAUGUCUUCGCUCCCUUUUUAUUUCUUAUCUUCACCCGUACUGAUUCUAUGUCUUCUGACUGAAGAUCAUUUCUUGCUAUCAUACUUAUUCCAUCCCAUACCAAAAAUGCUACCUCACCACCCUAUCAUAGAAUCCCUUCAGGUUCUGGGAGCAGGCCAUUCGUCCCAUCAAGUCAACACCAACACUCCAAACGGCAUCCUGCCAGAUCCUUUCCCUUACCCUAUCCCUGUAACCCUGCACUUCCAAUGGCUUACCCACCUAGCUUGCACAUCCGUGGACACUAUGGGACAAUUUCCCAUGGCCAAGCCACCCAACCUGCAUCUCCUUGGACUGUGGGAGGAAACCCGAGCACCCAGAGGAAACUUAUGCAAACACGGGGAGAAUGUGCAAACUCCAGUCAGACUGUCACCUGAGAGUGGAAUUGAAUCAAGGUCACUGAUGCCAUGCAGCCCACCUUCUGGGGUGGAAAAAAUCCUCAAAUCCCCUCUAAGCCACCUGCUUCUUAUCUUAAAAUAGGUAGCUGUGUGUGGAAGGGUUAACCCUCUGUACAUUGCACUGGUAAGUGGAAGACAGAGGAGAUAUCUCUUGCAGGUGAGAUGGGUCAGCAUGGUGGCUCAGUGGUUAGCACUGCUGCCUCACAGUGCCAGGGACCUGGGUUCAAUUCCAGCCUUGGGCAACUGUCUGUGUGGAGUUUGCACAUUCUCCCUAUGUCUGUGCGGGGUUUCCUCCCACAGUCCAAAGAUGUGCAGGUUAGGUGAAUUGGCCAUGCUAAAUUACCCUAUAGUGUUCAGGGGUAGGGGGGAUGGGUCUGGGUGGGUGCUCUGAGGGUCAGUGUGGACUUGUCGGGCCGAAGGGCCUGUUUCCAAACUGUAGGGAUUCCAUUCUCUGGGUCAGAAUUCCCCCAAUGGGAAGAGGUGGGCAAGAGCGUUUUAACUGUUCACCACCAGCCUCUGGAAGAUGUGAGUGAGGUAAAGCUAAUCUACCAGGGACACACCUGUAUUUGAAAUUCAAUAAAAGCCCUGGCGACAGACAAACAGCACCUUGGAAGCCUGUAUAUGUGACUUAGUAGAACUUGUUCCCAUCUGAAUCAGGUGGGGAGGUAAAAGUCUGUCUGGAACAGAUUCCGCAAAACCUGAACACAGAGAGAGAGAGAGAGAGAGACAGGGUGUGAAAUGAAAUUCUCUGUGAGAUUCACUGGGGAACAACAGUGUCGAUACAAUCCUCUCCAAAGCCCUGGGGUAGUGACUGGAAAACAGGGCACAUGGGUCCUAGGUGCUGUUCAUUGCGUUUACAAAAACCAGCAGCAAUCUCUCACUUCCUCAUUCGCUCACAGUGAUAGGUACAGAACGAAGUCCAGCACCAUGAUUUGUUCAGUUCCCGUUCUCUGCUGUAACUGGGAUUUCAGUAGGAAAUGAAGCAAUUCUCCGGGCGCUGCCAAACAGUCUCCAACCACAGGGAGUGAUACCUGACCCGGGUGCUGUAAUGGCUCAGUCUCACCGGGGGCUACUCAUCUUCCUGGCACUGCUCCUCAGCUGGGAGGUCGUAUACAGCCUGAAUUGUUCUGCAGCUGUCUCCAUUCUUCCUGAGAACACUACGGCCCUGAAAGUUACCUGGACAAAUCUGACACAAGAUUUCAAAUCGAUUGAACUGAAUUUAGACAAUGUCACGAAAACAGACAAUAAGAUAAGUGGCGAAGUGAUAUUCGAUGAUCUUAUGGAAGGGAUGAAUUAUAACAUUUCAAUUAAAACUCAAUACAAGAACAGCACAUGCAAAGAAGUACAAGUGGGAACGACAAAUCCUUCUCCAGUCACCAAUCUCUCUGUGGUGAACAGGACAACAGAGACACUGACAAUAAACUGGACAGAGCCUGAUGAUAAACGAGCCUCCGAAUACACGUAUAACAUCACAGUUACAAAUGAAACUGAAUCUUUCAUUGAGUCCUACUCCACUGUACCAGGACAGAAUAUGUUCCAAGUGUCAGAUCUGGAACCUGGACUCAGAUAUAACCUGACAGUGAAGGCAGUUACUCCUGAGAACACGCUGAGUGACCCUGAGACUGUAGGAGGCAUCACAAAUCCUUCUCCGGUCACCAAUCUGUCUCUGGUGAACAGGACAACGCAGUCCCUGGCGAUAAACUGGACAGCGCCCACUGAUAUAAGAGCCUCGAACUACACAUAUAACAUUACAGUUACCAGUGAUAUUGAACCUUUCAGUAACUCCUCCUCCAUUGCAACAAAAAAGAAUGUGUUCCAAGUGACAGUUUUGAAUCCUGGGAUCAGAUAUAACCUGACUGUGAAGGCAUGCACUCCUGAGAACAUACAGAGUGACCCUGAGACUGUGAGGGCCACCACAGAUCCAACUGCUGUCUCUCAUCUCUCUGUGGUCAACAGGACAACAGAUAGACUGACAAUUAACUGGACGGAGCCCACUGAUAAACGAGCCUCCGAAUACACAUAUAACAUCACGGUUACAAAUGAAACUGAAUCUUUCAUUGAGCCCUACUCCACUGUACCAGGACAGAAUAUGUUCCAAGUGCCAGAUCUGGAACCUGGACUCAGAUAUAACCUGACAGUAAAGGCAGUCACUCCAGAGAACAUACAGAGUGACCCUGCGAUUGUGCAAAGUACCACAACUCCUGGUGCCAUCUCCAGCCUUCAGUGCAGUGAGAUCUCAGGAUACUCAAUCCUUGUGGUAUGGAGCAAGCCAAGGGGCAACUACACUGGAUUCAACAUCUCCUCGUAUGAUGGAGGCCACUUAGUAACUGCUCAGACCAUCGGAAAGAAAUACAAUUUCCUGGUUGAAAACUUGCAGCCUGGACGGAAGUACACAUUCCACAUCUACACACAAACUGGCCAGUCUCACAGCGCGAGGAUAACUCAGCAAUGUUGGACCAAGUCAACCCCUAUUAUCAUUGGAGCAGUCAUAGGCUCUCUCCUGGGCCUGAUCCUUAUUGGUUUGUUGCUGUUUUUCAUCAUCACCAAGCGAGUACCAUGGGGGAAAGAAACAAAUCGUGACCUUUCACUAAUGUCUGCUACCCCUAAAGAAUUCAAACCCGUCCAUCUGAGCGAAUAUGAGAGUUACUUUCAGAGAAAGCAUGCUGACGCUGAUUUUGGAUUUGCAGAGGAAUACCAGAGUCUGAGCACCGUGGGCAUUCAUCAACCAUUAGAAGCUGCCCUGCUUCAGGACAACAAAGUAAAGAAUCGAUACACUAAUGUCCUGCCAUACGAUGCAUCCCGGGUUAAACUCACUGCUCAGCCAGGAAACAACACUUCAGACUACAUCAAUGCCAGCUACAUGCCGGGUUACAGGUCAGACAAGGAGUUCAUCGCUGCCCAGGGGCCAUUGUCAAGCACACUGGAGGAUUUCUGGCAAAUGAUUUGGGAGCAGAAGACGGGGGUCAUUGUGAUGCUGACAAACUGCAUGGAAGGAGGUCGGGUCAAAUGUGAACGCUAUUGGCCACUGGAUUACACACCCUGUACCUAUGGAAACAUCGCAGUUACUGUCUCCUCAGAGACCAUUCUCAGCGACUGGACCAUCAGAGACUUCAGUAUCAAACAGACUGGAUCUUCGGAGAUACGCUCAGUCUCACAUUUCCACUUCACUGCCUGGCCAGAUCAUGGAGUUCCCAAAACAACAGAGGAACUGAUAGCCUUCCACAAAGUACUUCGGGAUCACCUGAACAGGAAAAACCAAGGUUUUCCGAUUGUACACUGCAGUGCUGGAGUCGGGCGGACAGGUACUUUAAUCGCAUUGGAUUACCUACUUCAGCAAAUGGAACAGGAAGAUCUGGUCGAUGUUUAUGGGAUUGUCCGCAAAAUGAGGCAGAACCGGCCUCUGAUGGUCCAGACAGAGCUCCAGUACAUCUUCCUGCAUCAGUGUAUGUUGGAUACAAUCCAAAUGAAGAGGGAGCCUGAAGAAGCCAUUUACGAGAAUCAGCGGGACCUUAUCUAUGAAAAUGUUAGUGCCAUCCAUGCUACAGAGUCACAUGUCAUUUAAUUAGUUAGAACACCGUUCCUUGCUGCCAUGUUACUAUGGUACUGCAAUGAAAUGUGCCUCGAACCCCGUGUAUGUGCCUUUAUUCUAUACCCCUCACACUGGGGUCCCCCGAAGGCUGUGGCUCAAAUGAAUCCAGUCUUGCCAAUGGACUAUGAAUCUUUUGUAAUCACUUGUACAUCAUUGAUUCAUGCCACUGUUUGUAUCUCCAUGUCAAAGUGCCUCUUUUUCUGAAAAUUAAAAUUCUCCGUGUAUCCCACUGUCUCUCCGUGUAUCCCACCAUCUCUGUGUUACUUCCUCUGUCUCUAUGUGACCCUCACUGUUUCUACAUUGUUCCCACUGUUGCUCUUCACACUGUCUCCCUGUGCCCCUCUCUCUCCCUCUGUGUAGCUCUGUCUCUCCAUGCCUCCCUCUAUCUCUCUGUAGCUCCCUGUCUCUCUGUGUCUCCAUCUGUCUCUAUGUCUCCCUUUGUCUCUCCGUGUCUCCCUCUGUCUCUCUGUGGCUAUCUCUCUCUCUCUGUGAUCCCCUCUGUCUCUCUGUGUCUCCAUCUGUCUCUCCAUGUCUCUCUCUGUGGCUCCAUCUGUCUCUCCAUGUCUCCCUCUCUCUCUCUGACUCUCUCUCUGUGACUCCAUCUGUCUCUACCUGGCUCCCGCUUGUCUCUGUGUGUCCCUCUGUCUCUGUGUAGCCCCCUCUGUCUCUCUGUGGCCCCUGUCUCUCCAUUUCUCUCCCUAUCUCUCUGUGUCUCCCUCUGUCUCUCCGUGUCUCCCUCUGUCUCUGUGUGGCUCCCUCUGUGUCUCCGUGUCUCCCUCUGACUCUGUGUGGCUCCCUCUGUUUUUCCGUGUCUCCCUCUGUCUCUCCAUGUCUCCCUCUGUCUCUCCAUUUCUCUCUCUAUCUCUCCGUGUCUCCCUCUGUCUCUGUGUGUCUCCUUCUGCCUCUCUUUGCCCAUACAUCCAGCAGAUAUUUAUAUUGCUAUCCUGUACAUUCCAAUGGUUGUUUAGAAAGAGUUUGUGCUGGCAUGAUUCCAGUUGUAUCCUCACAGGGAAAGCAGCCUAUUGAUGUUCACAAUAGCACUUUACGUCACUUUACUGGGAUUGCAGGAUCUGUGAAUAACCCCGCUGUUUACAACAGAGGCUCCAGACAAACAUUCACCCCCAAACCAGUCUCCCUCACCCACAGUCAGGCAACCAGUUUCCUUGGUUGACCGAGAGGGUAAACGAGAGAGGCCUAAGGUAGGAGUUGGGUGGACUGACCCAUGUUCAAAUGUCUGAAGAUCGAGAUGAAGGAAGGGAGUUUAGAUCCUAAAACAAGCAAAGAACAUAACCUGAGCAACCCCUCAAGAAGCCUUCAUAUUAAACAGUGAGACUGUUCCAUAACAUCAUGGGGAUUUCAUUGGUGCUGGAGCUGAUUUAUGUUUUGGUAACUAACUUUGUUGUGAAUUACCCAGCGAAGGUUGAAGGUUUUGGGCAUGAGGUAUGUGGUAACAGUAAGGAGGAACAUUAUUGGCUAAUGAAUAAUGAACCAGGAAUCACUGCUUACAGGAGAAGUAAAGGUGGAGACAAUGAAGAUUUCAAAAAGGGAAACUGAAUGGGUACUUGAGAGAAAUUAAAUUUGCAGUGUGCCAAGGACAGAGCGGGCACAUUGGGACUAACUGAUAGGCUCUGGAGAGAGCUGGCAUGCAUUCACAGGGCUGAAUGGCCUCCUCCUGUGCAUGGCAGGGGUUCUGUGAGGUCCUGGCCAAAAUAUUAGAUGCAUUGUGAGAAAGGUUGCUGAUUCGUUAAAGUCUGUUUUACAUUGCGAAAUCAAGAUGAAAUUUACCCUCACUAUCCCUUUAUUGUUCCUCACUAUCCCUUUAUUGUUCCUCACUAUCCCUUCAUCGUCCCCUCAUUAUUACCCCACUCCCUGUCCCCUCACUGUCUCUCCACUGUUCCCCAUUCCCCCCCAGCUAUCCCUGUAUUGUGCCCUCAAUGGUACCUAAUAAAACUCAGGCAUCACACUGUGCUAGACUGGACUGACUGCACUGGCACUUGACUGCACUGGCACUGCACUGGACUGUACUGUACUGUACUGUACUGCACUGGACUGCACUGGACUGUACUGCACUGGACUGGACUGGACUGUACUGUACUACACUGGACUGAACUGGACUGUAUUGUACUGGACUGGAAUGAACUGGACUGGACUGGACUAUACUGGACUGCACUGCACUGGACUGGACUAGAAUCAGCCUGCACCAGACUGUGGGAAAUGAAAGGCCUGUUACCCUGGGGUCUCCCUGAGGUUGGGUGAGGACGGAAAGAUCACACGCCCUCAGGAUCCACAUUGAAAAUCUCCAUGGCAGCCUUCCUUCACACUGCAAUGAACUGUUUAGAUUUUAGGACUAAUUCUGUUUGAGUGCCUCUUAUAAAAGAAGGCUCUGACCAAGAGACAUCUCCAAGGCCUGGAAAACUCUCACAGGUUCAUCGGCCCAACUGUACCAAGCAUGCUCGCCUCCCCAAAAACCACCGCAACAUGACACAGGUCCACAUGUUAGAAUGUAAGAAUGGUAUAAUUUUUGUACAACUCUUUCUAAUUCUGAUAUUUUAUUGGUGGAAAUAAAUUUGGAAGAUAAGAGGUGUUGCCUCACACCCACCAACCAUCAAUACAACCGUAAGUGCCUGGUGCCAACCACAUCCGACACCAUCGCACUGUUGGUGAGGCUACACCCACAUCUGUUCUCUUCCAGUUUAUGACUGUACAAAGCAAUAAAGAAUAAGUUUAUUUGUUGUAA